AUGACCAUCGACUGGGGCGGCCCAUAUCCUUAUCUGGAUCUAUGGAUCUCUAAUGCCAACGAAGGCCUUUGUCAUCCCGAAACAUACUGUGACGUGAUCCUGUGUAUCACACAAAGAGUCAAGGACCUCGAUUUCUCUGCAUUGGUACAUAAAGCUAUAAGAGGCAGCUUGGGUUACACCUCGGAAAGGGCUGUUCACUUCCUGCUGUCCGACCUCCAUCCUAGGCCAGCCAACGUCAAUGCUCUGAACGAUGAUGGACAUACACCUCUCUUAGCUGUCUUGCAGUCGCUUUGCAAAGGGCGGAAAUUGUCUUCCGAGUCUCCCCAUAGCACCCUUGAAUCGAUCAUUAGCAAGGCAUCUACUUUACUCAGAGCGGGCGCACAACUGGACUUCAUUUCAUCUUCGGGCAACACGUCCAUUCUCUCGCCUGUCAGUAAUCACCGAAGUAGAUGGCGGUCAGAUGAUGAAGACGUGCGAUUGAUGGAGUCUCUUCUGAACUUCAACAACUCUAUUGAUGCUGGUUCGGAGCCGAGCCACUGGAAGUUAGUCGACAUUACGCCGACGAUCGCACUAACACGCGCUGCAUUCAUGGGGCGGACGAAAACAGUGAAGUUUCAUCUAGACCAUGGAAUGCACAAUCGCUUAGGCGAGCUGGUGAGAUUUGAGUACAUCCAUGAUCGGAUCUUUUCUGGUUCACUCUUAGAUAUUGCCUUUUUCGGUGCUCAGCAAACUCGAAGGGAAUACAUCCAACUCGUUGACCCCGAAAGUCAUCCAGAACCUUACAAAGAGGAUUCAAACAACAGCAUAGAAGGUUGGGCCUACUUCCGGCUUUCCGAGACCUACACGUAUCAGGACAGCGACACAGCAAAGAACAUCGGUGAAGCUCGAUAUCGAGGGCACAGCGAGAUCGUACAACUCCUCCAAAGCCACGGCGUUAAACGUACCCGCCCGGAAGAGCCCGAGAACGAGCCGACAUAUUUCAAAGCCGUCACCAUGCCUAGGACCAGUUUUUUCAACUUGGACGCUGUAUCAGAUCUCACAACUGUUGAGGAGUGGGAUAAAACCGCUCUCGACGAGCUUGUCUUCGACUACACGAGGCUCAGGGCCUGGCCCCGACCUGCAGUUCUGGACCGCUGGCCAUCACUUCAAGGAAAGCUUCCGUUUGCAGAGAGUCAGGUCAGGAAGGAGUUCUUUCUCAAUGCUUGGCACCCUUCGCGCCCAAGUGGCUUUAGUAGUCAGGAUUCCUCAGAGACCAUAGACAGUAAUGACUCUGGUAAGGAUGAGCUGUAUGAGGACAGUGAUGAUACUUUGGAGUCUAUAGAUUCAGACAUAUCCUCCUAG